CGACUUGAAAGGGGAUGCAUUCUCGUUGGUCGUGUGCCGCACGGAAAUUCGCUCAUCUCCGACGAAAAGGCAUAUAAAUUGAACCCUUCAGAGGGUGGAAAAGACACACAACACCUGAUCGCCAAGUAUAAACUCAACAAAUAUUUACCUACUAUCUCUUCUUCUUCAAUAUGCUGUACAAGUCAAUGACCCUUUUGGUUUUUGUGGAUUUGGCCGCAUGCGUCUUCGCCAUCAAUGAUAUCGUUCAGGAGGAUCAGGCGGCUGCUGAGCAAUCCUACCGCGUUCAUGGUGUCUACCCAUCGUGGUACCAAUACGGCGUCAAUGCCUUCCCCUUAUUCGCCCGUUUUUCCCGUCCCUCCCUCUCCCCUCCUCCCGCUAAAUACCUCCGAUUGAAUGCCGAUCGCGUCGAUUAUUCAGCUGCUUCAUACCCCUCUGAUUUCUUCGUCGGAGUCAGGAAUGUCGCCCAUCCUUAUGCCAUUGAAGCAGCGGCAGAAAACCAAUACGGCGCAGCCACUUACAGCAACGGAGUCCGCGGCUACUCCUUCGCCGGCUACCCCCACCCCGGUGGUUUCGGCUACAAAACUUACCCAUAUGGCACUUACGGAGCCGUCCCAUACGUCGCCGCUCCCGCCAAGGCCUAA